AAAGAGUUUAUAAUCUUACUAUCACUAAAGGCCCUUGCUCUCCUGACGGCUUUAAACGCGAUAUAUAUCUCAUAAAUGGCCAAUUCCCUGGUCCUCUUAUUGAAGCUGAUAAAGAUGAUACCAUAGUUCUCAAUGUUAAAAAUGAAUUAGAUGAAGAUACUACUAUUCAUUCUCAUGGAAUCUUUCAACGCGGUACUCCUUGGUUUGAUGGUGUUCCUGGUCAAACUCAAUGUGGUAUUCCACCUCAUGAAACUUUUACUUAUAAAUAUAAAGUUUGUCAAACUCAAUAUAUUGAAGGUCUUGUCGGUCCCCUUGUAAUUCAUGAACCUAAUGAUCCUUACCGUAAAGAAUAUGAUGAAGAAAUUAUCGUAUUAUUACAAGAUUGGUAUCAUGAAGGUUCCAAAAAAUUAUUAGCCACUUUUUUAUCUCCUGAAAGUGAAGGAAAUGAACCUUCUCCAGAUAAUGGUUUGAUUAAUGGAAAAAAUCAUUAUAAUUGUUCUUGGGCUCCAAAAGAUAGUCAUCCUUUGGAUGUAAUUGAGGUUGAAGGAACGAUCACCAAGCGUCAUAAUGUCCAUCGCCUCCCUAUUAACGUAGCCCAACGUUAUUCGGUUAUAGUGACUGCUGAUAAACCUAAAAAAAAAUAUUGGAUGCGUUCGGAAAUGGAAGUCGGUUGUUUCCCAACAAAACCUGAAAAUCUCGAUCCUCUAGUAAAAGCUGUUGUUUCUUAUGAUGGUUGUGAAGAUGAAAAAUGUCCUUCUACUACUGCUUGGACUGACAAAGUUGAUGAGUGUGUAGAUUUGGAUUCUAAAGAUUUAAAACCUUAUAAAUCUAAAAAAAUUCCUGAUGUUACUCGCAAAAUCGAAAUGGUUAUUGACUUCAAACCUGAUGAACACAAUGUUACCAGAGGUUACAUAAAUAAUGUUACUUUUAACAUUGAUGUGAAAUAUCCUACUCUUAAUAAAGUUUAUGAUGGUAUAACCGAAUUUGAUGCUGAUCAAAAUGCUUUCGUAAUUGGAAAAAAGGAAAUUAUAGAUAUUAUUUUAAUAAACACUACUCCAGAUUAUAAAACUCUAAAUACCAUUGACCCGAUAGAACGUGAUACUACAACCAUUCCUGCUGACGG